GAUCGUUUUCUUCUUUGGAGGUCUCAUCAUCUUCUCAGGAUGGGGAGCAGCAACAACAUACAGGCCAAGCUGGUGGCCCUGACCAUGCACCUAAAGGCAUAAAUGAGCCAAGAGGAACCCAAGAUGAUGACUGAAAACAAUUUAAGAGAAGAAAAGACGAGAUGGCAAGUGGGUGAACUAAAGGAAAACUGAUUUGGAGGGAAUUUUCCUGCAAUUCUGAUACAUGUUAACGAACUACUAGAUCCCAAAGCUUAAACUGUUAGGGAGUGGGUGCUUCUUGGGGAUAUGGGAACAGGGAAGACAAGUAUAGCACUGAGAUUUGUCAAAGGCCAGUAUUUUGAUUGUCAGGAAUCGACAAUUGGAGCAGCCUUCUUUUCUCAGAUACUAUCGCUGAAUGAAGCAACUGUAAAAUUUGAUAUAUGGGACACAGCUGGGCAAGAACGAUAUCAUAGCUUGGCUCCCAUGUACUACCGUGGCGCAGCUGCAGCUCUUGUUGUGUAUGACAUCUCGAGCACAGAUUCAUUUACUCGAGCAAAAAAGUGGAUUCAAGAAGUUCAAAGACAAGGAAAUCCACAUUUGGUCAUGGCAUUGGUGGCGAACAAGGCUGACUUGGAAACAAAGAGGCAGGUGGAUAAUGAGGAAGGUGAGCUAUAUGCUCAGGAGAAUGGGUUAUUUUUCAUCGAAACUUCUGCAAAGACAGCUCAAAAUGUCAAAGAGCUCUUUUAUGAAAUAGCGAAGAGACUGGUGAAAGCCCGAGCUGCACGUCGAAGUGGGAUGAAACUGCACGAGGAAACACAAGAUAGGGGAAGGAGGCUCUUUUGCUGCUCAACAUAAUUAGUGGUUGGAAGAAUAAAUAGCCUUCUCUUUAAAUUCGCUGGUCUUCACCACUUCUAACUGCGACCGUGUCGCAUGAUCUCGAAUUGCUUUCGAGCAUCUGUAAAUUCUUUGAAAAUAAAGGCUCUGCGACUCCAGCAUCUUACAAACGAAA